AUGAUGGAGCAAAGACAGAACGCUGUGUACCCAAACUUAUCGGACAUUAUAAGCUACCAGCAGAAUAUCGAAAGAUUGAAUAUAGAUGAAGAGAAAUUCGCCGAAAAUUUCGCAGACGGCGACCGUUUUGCAGUCGACGUUUCGCCGACAUCGCCAACGUCGACUCUGGAAGAGGAAGACAGCAGUCAGUCGGCUUUCGGCGUUGAUUUGACCGGAAAAUCGACUAAUUUAGCCGGGAAAUCGUUUACGAUCGCCGCCAUUUUGGGUUUGACUAAUUCAGAGGAGGAUGUGAUAAAUUUGAGCGUUCAAGAGAGGCUGCAACAGAAUCAGAGGCAGUUGCAGAACUAUUUGUACGCUGGACACGAUAUGCAGAGGUUAAACGAUGGCUUCUGCAGGUCCAUGGGUGUCCCGGCGGUGUUGCGGCAAGAUAGUCCUAGGCCCGAACUCAGACCACAAGUGGGUCAGUUGAAGCCCCGGACACAUUCAGUCACAUGUUCUAAUAGUUCAGGCAGAAGUAAGCGCAUACGAACAAUAUUUACACCAGAACAGCUGGAGAGGCUGGAAGCUGAGUUCGAGCGGCAGCAAUACAUGGUCGGCCCCGAGAGGUUGUACCUCGCGCAUGCGUUGCAAUUGACUGAGGCUCAGGUAAAGGUCUGGUUCCAGAACAGACGUAUAAAAUGGCGGAAACAUCACCUCGAAGUCACACAGCAAAGACUAGCCUUGAUGCAGAGGCACAGAACGGACGACCCGACAGACGUGUAG